GACAGUAAACGUCAAGCAAAACGAUCGUAAAUAUUUGGGAGCCGGCCGAGAUUGAACGUGCGAAAUUUUCUACUGGCAAUCCUCGAUUGAAGAAUUAAAAUCUAGAAAUUUACAAAAAAUGUAUCGAAGAUCGUUAUGUUGUGCUCCAAAAAUACUACAUCUGACUAAACGGCAUGCCUCCAGCCAGGCAGAGUCCCCACCGUCGUGGCCGCGAAAGAUUUUCUCCGGUGUUCAACCGACCGGUGCACUCCACAUAGGCAACUACCUCGGGGCCAUCAAGCGCUGGGUCGAUCUGCAGGAUGCCGGCGAAGAUGUAACCUACUGCAUAGUGGACCUACAUUCAAUCACUCUGCCGCAGGAUCCGCAAGUGCUCCGGCAAAACAGUCUCCAGAUGGCCGCCACCCUGCUGGCCUGUGGGAUUGACCCUUCCAAAGCGACGCUUUUCCUCCAGUCGGGCGUUCCUCAGCACGCGGAGCUCUCGUGGAUUUUGGGCUGCAUGACCACGAUGGCCAGGCUGACGCACCUGCCACAGUACAAGGAAAAGUCCGGCAAGCUAAAGGAGGUCCCACUGGGAUUGUACAUCUAUCCGGUGCUGCAAGCGGCGGAUAUAAUGUUGUACAAAGCAACACACGUUCCGGUUGGGGAAGAUCAGAUCCAGCAUUUGCAGAUGGCACAGUCGUUGGCCAGGGCGUUCAACAAUCGGUUCGGGGUGACGUUCCCUUCCUGCAAUCCCAUAAUUUCCGACGACACCAGUUGCCGAGUGAAAUCUCUGCGAGAUCCAACGAAAAAAAUGUCCAAAUCUGACCCUGACCCCAAAGCGUGCAUCAUGCUGACUGACGCGCCGAAAGCAAUCACGGAGAAAAUCAAAAAAUCCGUUACCGAUUUCACGUCCGAGGUGACAUUUGAACCGGAGACCCGACCCGGUGUGGCCAACCUGAUAACGAUCCACUCGCUGGUCAGCGGAUGUACGCCACAGCAGAUUUGUGAUGCAACCAGAGGGCUAAACACCGGCCAGUACAAGCAGCACGUGGCCGAUGCCUUGGUGGCGCAUUUGAAUCCGAUCAGAGAGAACAUCGAGCGGUAUAUGGCCGAUCCGGAGUAUCUGGCGGGGAUUAUCGAGGAUGGUUGCGAAAGGGCGAAGGUUAUUGCAGAAAAGACGCUCGUCGAAGUCAAGGACAAAGUGGGGAUGAAUGGGUUUAGUUUGGCACGAACGCAAAGGUUACUCAACGAAAUGAAAGGUAAGUAAAUUGUGAAAAACGUAGCGUAUUACAAUAAAUGUGAUGUUAUGUUGAAUAUUAA